AUGGCCGGAACUCAGGACCACGGACGCGACACAUCAACAGCUGCUGCUAGCAAGCUCCACUUGUUCGACACUCCGCUGGCAGAGCAUCACGAGAUCGACGAAGGCAGCGAAACUAACGGGCUUCCGACUGAUCGUACUGAAAGCUUCCAGGAUACCCCCCAGCUCAAGCGACACGAAGAGCCAACUCUUCUUGAGAUCUUCCUUGACCUCUUCUUUGCUGCGAACUACGAGGUCUUUGGUGAAAACCAUCACGUUACUGACCAUGCACGUUUCCAGGCAUACGUGGGCUAUUUUUGUCUCCUGUGGCUGACAUGGUUUAUUGUCGCUCUCUACGACGUUCGCUUUGUGACGGAUAGCAUAUUCGCACGAGCGAUGAGGGCUGUUCAGCUGGGUGUUCUCGUAGGCUUUACAGUUAUCACUCCCAAGUUCGACACCGUUGAUCAGGAGGCGCAAGCGAUGAGAACGACGUCUAUUAUCCUUUCAGUAUCCCGCUUCUCUCUAGCAGCGGAGUACUUUUGUACGUUAUGGAGCCUACGAAGGUUCAAAAUUGUCCGCAUUCCACUCCUCAUCCAAGGUUCACUUCACGUCGCUUCAGCGGCAAUACUCCUUGGAAUUGCUUUCAUCUUCCAGGAGGAUGAGCACAGUUACGCUUUCAUGGCUUGGUAUUUCGUCGCUGGAUUUGAGGCGCUGGCUAGCCUGUUACUGUCCAAUGUCUCACCGACAUUCGGCCUCGCUGAAACACAUCUCAUGAAGCGUCUCACGUUGAUGACGGUAAUGAUCCUGGGUGCCAGCAUUUGCGAAGUCGCGAAGAGCGUGGUCACGAUUGUUAAGAAUCCUGAUGCUUGGGACUCCAGGACCAUCGGUCACGUUACGGCAGCUAUUGCAACUAUCUACUUUAUUUUCCUCAUUUACUUUGAUUGGAUCAGGUCCGGCUACCAUCUCCAGCCCAUACGCUUGCAGAUCUGGACGGCACUGCACUUCCCGUUCAACCUUGCUCUCGUGCUGCUCUUGCAAGCCGUCCAGCAAUAUGUCAUCUGGGGCAAACUCAUGGGGCAGCUCGAUAAAGCUCUUGAUAUUGCAUAUCCCCUCGACGACCCGGCCAUCAUCAACAACUCAACAACCAGCGCCUCCGUCGCAGCCGCGCUAAACCAUUCCGUCGUCGAAUUUCUUGACAACUAUCCCGCAACUAUUGUAUCAACUUGGGACACCAUCAAUGAAGCCAUCCGCAACAUCUCUGACGUCCCAAACAGUUUUUGGCCACAGUUCAGGCGCUUGGAUCUGGGCUCUUCUCUAGCGGAUAUUCAAAAGUCGUUGGAUGGCCUUCCAAGCGAUGCGAAAGAGACGCUGACGAUGAUCCUGACUUCAGCAGCCACGCUCGCCGUGACAAUGACGAAUGCUCUCUUCGGCAGCUUCGGAAUCAAGGUCGAUGGCGAGAUUAUAAAGAAAAAUCCCAACGCCUCCAAAGCUGUCAAGGGAGGUGGCUUCCAGUUCCAAGUGCAGGAGGCGGCCUGGAACUUAUACCGGCUUGUGUUUGCCUACGGUUACGUUUCCUGCGGAUGUGCUAUUAUUUUGAUGGUACUUCUUACAGUAGUAGCCCGCACGCGGCGUUAUACGGCGUGGCAAAUCGCACGCCUGAUUAUUGUCAGCGCUCUUGGGCUCGGGGUCGGUCUUGUAGCAACACUUUGGUUCAACGACGAUAGAGUCUGGGACUUCCUGCAGCGCUCGUGGGUCCUGCCAACGAUCACAAUCGUGUGGGCGGUCAUUCUGAUAAUCACCCACAUCAAUGGCCAAGGCACCAAGCGAUGCACCAGCUAUCUUGAGAGGAGGCUCCAACACUCUCAGGUAUUCCUAGGACGUGAAGAAAUCUCGCGGGAACACAAUGUGGAGGAAGGUGAGAAAGGGGCAGCCAGCGAGGCAGUUGGUCAUUCAGCACCAGCUCUUCUUCAACAGGAAGAAACGCCAGCAGUCGCUCGCGUCUCGACGGGUCGCGACAAUAACAUGACUAUUUUCAGGGUUUCUACGGCGCGCAGUGAAGUUAGUGCCAUGAGUACCCCUUCCAACACUGAUGGCAGACAGAAUGGGGAACCAAAAGUGAGCGUGGAGGAGAGUACCGCAAACAUUCCUCCCAACCGUGGUGGCAGGCAGAAUAACGGUUGA